AAGUUUUAUUAAGGAACUCUUCAUUCUUCCAAUACACAAAUUGCAGUCAAGAAAGUCUCCCAUGAUUCCAAGUAAGGGAUGAAGGAAUUUGUGGUUGAGAUCAUUAGCAUGGGCAGGCUGAGGCAUAGGAACUUGGUGCAACUCCUGGUAUAUUGCUGGCGAAAGGGUGAACUCCUGGUCUAUGAUUAUAUGCCCAAUGGAAGCCUUGACAAGUUCUUAUAUGGAAAUGAAAGGACAAACCUUAACUGGCUUCAACAAUUUCGAAUCAUCAAAAGAGUAGCGUCUGGCCUUCUCUACCUCCACGAAGAGUACGAACAGGUUGUUGUACAUAGAAAUGUAAAAUCCAACAAUGUUCUAUUGGAUGCUGAAUUAAAUGGGAAGCAUGGAGAUUUUGGCCUUGCCAGAUUAUGUGACCACGGUGCCAUUCUUCAAACCACCCGUGUGGUUGGAACAGUGGGUUACUUGGCUCCAAAGCUUACUAAAACAGGAAGGGCAACCACUUACACUGAUGUGUUUGCUUUUGGGGCAUUCAUGCUGGAGGUAGCUUGUGGAAGAAAGCCUACAGAGAUUCGAGGACUGCCAGAAGAGGUCAUUUUGGUUGAUUGGGUCUUCAGGUGCUGGAGAAAAAGAGCCAUCCUUGAUGCUAGUGAUCCAAAAUUGGAAGGUAAUUAUGUAGUUAAGGAAAUGGAAUUGGUUUUGAAACUUGGCUUGCUUUGCUCACACUCAACACCAGCAGUUCGGCCUAGCAUGAGGCAAGUGAUGCAGCUUUUGGAUGGCGAUGCUGAACUGCAGGAAUUACCACAUGAGAGUACUAGUUUUGGUAACUUUACAAAUGUUGAAGCAUCAGAGAUCUCAUUGGCAAUUCAGCCAUCAUUCGACAAGGAUUUGACGGCCACCUCUAGCACUGAUUCUGUGCUAUAUAGUGGUAGAUGA